CGCGGCCGUUCAGUCUUGCGUUCUGACAUCUAUUUCCCAGAAAACACACAUACCUACGGCAUCUCCCUCUUUCAGCGCAUCGAUAUACUCCAUGGAUACACCGUCGGGAGAGUCUGCCGCGAGGACACAACUCAAUCGCGACUUUGAUGCCAUCGCAUCUGCAUCUGCAACAAAUCGCGCUGAACCAGAGGCCGCUCAGUCUAAAGAGCAGCAGGCUCAGGCUAAAGAACGCCUGGCUCUCGUUCGUGAGGCUCGGGUUACUGUUCGGGCUGCCCUUCUCGCAUACAGCAACGCGAUUGACGCCCUUCGGACGAAGCAGGAGCUUCUUAAUGCCUUUGCGCUCCCGUACGACGAUCCAUUCAUUCGGUGGUUCAAGGAUGGAUUGGACAAGGCAAUAAGUCCGGUUCUCUCAAUCCUCGAUCAGCAGGUCACAAAUGCAAAAUCGAAGAUGCUCGACAUCGUCGGUGGAGAGAACCCCCGCUUCUCGCUCGACGCGUAUAACAAAGACCAGCUCAGCGAGAAGAAGACUCUAGAGAGGCUCCGUGCCAUCGCCGAGGACACGGGAGGGGAGAGCCAGAAGGACCUACUCUCUCGGAUGGGCUUCUCGGAAAGUUUCAUCGACCUCGCCUUCUCAUCGCUUUUACCUCCCGCUGAGACCCUGGGGAACGACCGUAAACGUCCACUCAGUCCAACAGGAGGGGCGGACUCGGCGCGAAAACGCCAAAACACUAUGCAACAUGAUCGGCCCAUUAACGCAGACGAAAACGCCCAGCAAUCCCGCGACACUAUCGGUGCGGGACACGUCGAAACCAACCAGCCCAACUCGCCAUUGGUAACCAGACAACCUGGAGAGAGUAGAGUCCCAAGCGAGAAUCGUGUUGGGGAUGAGAGUGAGAAGCCACCACUCUUACCAUUCUUCACAUCACCACAUCGGCGGCACAAGCGUCGACCGUGAACCGGUAGUCGGAUACGUCGGCAGGGCAAACAGCGCUAUGGGAAAGAUGAUAUGUGAUGGUUGAGAUCCACGUCAGGAUGGCGCUGGUAUGGGCUCAGCAUAGUUCAGUUUGGGAAGCGCGCAGGCGAGGCGGAAUCAUCUGAGGAGGUCGGGUCCUCCGCAGAAUGGCAACAGUGGAUUUUUACGAGUUUCCUUGAAUGAUACGAGAGCCUACCUUGUCCAUUUAUUCUAUACUGGCCCCUCUUACAUCUGACUAAACACCCCCUUAUUCUGCUCUAAGUCAGAAUACCCAAUGCAAGCAUUUUUUAUCAGUUACGGUACAAGUACGCUACAAGAG